AUGACCUACGGGACAGGGCUCGAGGGUCCGCCGCCGCUCGAAAUCGCGCCCGCGCCGAGGGAAGCGGAAGGAUGGGGGGCCGCGCCGAGUCCGGGGAAGGCGCGGGCGUGGGGGGAGUGGGGGGAGUCCGCGGAGUGGGCGGAGGUAGAUCUGCGCGAGAUCGCGCUGACCAAGGAGAUUGCACGGGGGUCGUCCAGCGUGGUGUACAGAGGCGUGUACCGCAAGCAGAGCGUUGCUGGUGGGUGCAGUGCGGUGAGGAGGGAUGGGAGAGAGUACGAAUGGGAUGGGCAGCGGCGACGGAUCAUCACUGCACGCAGUGCAGGAGAAAAGGGAAGUCUGGCCUUCUUCUCCCGGCCCUCUCCUCUCAUUACCAUCCCCUCCACGCCCCCGCCGCCUACCCUCCUUCCCUCGUGCGUGUACCGCAGCGAAGUGAAGGUGGUGGACCUAGGCAGCGACGACGGCUCGUCGCUGCACGAGGUGCAGGAGAGGAGGGAUGACAGGCCUUCUUCCCCCAAUCUUCUCUUCUUCUUUCCCUGCCCUCCUCCUCUCACGCGUCCUUCGCAGUCAUUGACAUGCACAUCCCCAUGCUCUCCCCCUCAAUCAAUCACCUCUCUCCCCCCCAAAACCCACCUCCCUGUCUCCGGGUCUCCCCACCUCCCCCAGGUGAUAGGAGCGCACAUCCCGCUGCUGUCCCCCGAGGCCCACCCCUCGCCAUCCCCCAGGCCGUCUGGUCAACAGAGGGUGGACUCGCGCCUGCGGGGCGAGCAGGCGUGCGUUGUGAGUGCGCUCAUCGGCACGGGCGUGACGCUCAAGGACUAUCUCGCCCGCACCGCCAGAGAGAAGCGCAAGCUGCCUCUGCACAUGCUGGUGGACCUGGCCAUGCAGCUCGCCAAGAGUCUCGCCUUCCUGCACUCGCUGCGAGUGGUGCAUGGCGACGUGUGCCCCGACCACGUGCUGCUAGACUCCUCUCUGCGCCUUCACCUCGCGGGCUUCUCCUGUGCUUCUAUCGAGGGCGACCUUGCACACAGUCACGCGGGCAGAGGGGAGGAGCGAGGCAACCCGAACUACAUGGCUCCUGAGGUGCUCAACUCCCUCCCGUACGACCGCCAGGCGGACGUGUUCAGCUUUGGCAUGUGCCUGUGGGCCAUGCUCUCCUGUGAGCUGCCCUUCCCCAAGUGUGACUACAACGAGAUCUCCGACCUUCUGCAACAGGGCGUGCGCCCCAUCCUCCCCCCCAAGUGCCCCCCCGACUUGGCACAUGUGCUGCGCUGCUGCUGGGAGGGCGACCCUGCUGCCCGCCCCUCCAUGCCGCAAGUCACCGCCCUGCUCCGUUCAGUCAACGUCUUUACCACCCACCACCAGGACGGUGCACCCACAGUUGCCCCGAGGGGUGCGUCUGUGGGUGCACCCAGAGAUGCCCACGCCACGAGGGGAGAGGCUGCAGUGCAGCAUGCACGGAGUGACGACCAGGUGCAAAGAGGAGGGGCCAAGCCGUCGCUCCUCUCCUCCCUGGGCUCCUCCCUUGGCCGCUUCAGCUUCACACGCGGGCGUGCAGGCGGCAGCAAAGACAUGCGGCAACAACUAGACUCCCCUCACUCUCCCUCCUCUGAGCCCACCGCCACUUCUCCCCACCUAAACGCUCCCACUCCCCCUCCCACUCCCCCUCUCCCUCCCCCUCUCCCUCUCGUACCGACCUCCCUUCUCCCAAACGAUUCGCCCUCUCCUCUUCCUCAUGCACUCCCCUCCCACGCUAUCCACCCCGCCUCCCUGCCUUCCCCUCCCUCCUCCCCUCUGCACUCCUCCCUCCCGCCCCCCUCUCCACACCCUUCCCCCCCCUCUCGCUCCUCUCAUCCCUCCCCUUCCCCUUCCUCCUUCCCCCCAUCCUCGCCCUCCGCUGCUGCUACUGCCAGCCCAUCCGUAUCAGCAGCAGCAGCCACAGGUGCUGCUGCUAUCAGUACAGGAGGUGGGGUCAGACUCAGAGGGUAUACAACAGCUGGCCAGGUGGCUGGUGCUAGCCCUGCUGCUGCUGCUGCCGCCGCUGCCACUGCGACUGCAAAUCCCGAGGCGAACCCCGAGGCUAGUGCAGGUUCUAGUCCCGAGGCUAGCACCGGAGCUAGCACCGGGUGCGUGGGAUGGGAAGCGCAAUCCGCAGCAGAUAGCAUCAGCCCUGUUGGCAGUGCUCGCAGCACCGGGUGGGAGGCAGGGGGGAUAACCGCGCCUGGGAAUGCCAGCCCUGCAGGAAGCAUGGGGAGCAUGGGGAGUAUGAGGAGUGUGGGGUGGGAGGGGGAGCUCUUGUCUCCUGCGUGGAGUGGGGAGGCGGGGCAGGCGUGGGUGGGGGAGCGGCCGGUGUGGGAGAUCAAGCUGAGGAACGUUGUUUUAAAGAAAGAGAUUGCUAAAGGGUCGUCUGGGACUGUGUACAAGGGAAAAUACAAGGACUGCCCCGUUGCAGUGCGCGUGGUGCCUUGGAGUGAAGUGGAAGGCGAGAUGUCCGAGGGGGAGCAGUGGGAGCAGAGGAGGGCCAAGUUCCUAAGGGAAGUGACUAUAUGGAGACGACUCAAACACCCCAAUAUAGUCAAGCACCCUCAACUACCGUCCAACCCCACUAGCACUGUCAGCACUGCCAGCAGCAGCACUGCCAGCACUAACAAUGGCAGAGACGACAAAAAGGACAAGGAAAAGGGGGCAGACUUGCGGUUCAAGGGGCAUGCGUUCUGUGUGCCUGGCGUAUCUGCAUUCCAUGGGCGUGGUGCACGGCGACAUUCGUUCGUGAAACUGCUCACGACUCCUUCCACUCUCCUCGUCCCCCCACUCCUCCUCGCCCCCUCGGCCCCUCGCCCCUGCGGCCCCCUUUUCUCUGCCAGCCUGGCGUAUCUGCACUCCAUGGGCGUGGUGCACGGCGACAUUUGUCCCGAGAACCUGCUUCUGGACGGCAAGCGCCGCCUCAAGAUCGCAAGAUUCGGGGCGGCACGUGUGGAGUCCUCCCACCCAGUCAGCACCGCCACUGGCAGCUGCCGUCGCACCCUCAGCUACAGCGCGCCAGAGGUAAUACCUCUCCCACACCCCCUUCCCCCACUUCUCCCCAUGGAUCGCACUCCCCUCAGGUCCUCAGCUUUGGCUGCUGUAUUCUUCUCCUCUUCUGAGCUAUGUUCCUCCCCCCCCCUCUCCAUCCCUCCUUUAUCCCCUCACCACGCUCCCCUAGGUCCUCUUCUCCCAGCCCUACGACCUCUCUCUCCUUCAUCCCCCUCUCACCCUACACCCUCCCAGGUGCUCUUCUCCCAGCCUUACGACCGCUCUGCUGACGUCCACAGCUUCGGCAUCUGCCUGUGGGAGCUGUACGCUCGGGAGGCGCCGUUCCCGAACCUAGACUUUGGGGAAGUGGCCGAUGCUGUCAAGGAGGUAAGGGAUGCCAUGCAUAUUGCCAUCCUUUCCCCCAUAGCUUUCCAUGAAGCUUCUGGUUUAUCAGUGCUAAGUGUGCGACCCCCGUUCCCACUUCCGCCUCGUCCCCCCAUCCUGCAGGGCGCACGCCCCAUUAUUUCCCCCAAGUGCCCCCCUGACUUGGCCAAUGUUAUGCGCUGCUGCUGGGAGGGUCUCCCUACUGCACGCCCACCAAUGCCCCAAGUUCUUGCAAUGCUGAAGAAGGUGAAUGUCUUUGCAGGUAAAUGA